CGCACCACUGUGCCGAUGGAUUUCCAAGCCGGCAUCCUGCGGGAUGGCAACCCCAUGGAGAGCCUGGAGAAGCAGCUCAUCUGCCCCAUCUGCCUGGAGAUGUUCAGCAAGCCGGUGGUGAUCCUGCCCUGCCAGCACAACCUCUGCCGCAAGUGUGCCAACGAUGUCUUCCAGGCUGCCAACCCUUACUGGCAGAGCCGGGGCAGCGUGAUUUCGGGGGGCCGGUUCCGGUGCCCGUCAUGCCGCCAUGAGGUGCUGCUGGACCGUCACGGUGUCUACGGGCUGCAGAGGAACCUGCUGGUGGAGAACAUCAUUGACAUCUACAAACAAGAGUGCUCCAGCAGGCCACUGAAGAAGGGGGAGCACCCCAUGUGCAAGGAGCACGAGGAUGAGCGGAUAAACAUCUAUUGCAUCACUUGUGAGGUCCCCACGUGCUCCAUGUGCAAAGUCUUCGGUGCCCACAAAGACUGCGAAGUCGCCCCCCUGCAAACCGUCUUCCAGGGCCAGAAGACCGAGCUGAACAACUGCAUCUCCAUGCUGGUGGCAGGGAAUGACCGGAUUCAGACAAUCAUCUCCCAGCUGGAGGACUCAUGCCAGAGCACCGAGGAGAACAGUGAGGCGGCCAAGCGGGAGCUGUGCGCUCGCUUCGACACCUUGGCAGCGCUGCUGGAGGAGAAGAAGUCGGAGCUGCUGCAGCGCAUCACCCGUGAGCAGCACCACAAGACGGGCUUUGUCCAGGGCCUCAUCCACCAGUACAAGGAGCAGCUGGAGAAGUCAAGUCGGCUGGUGGAGACAGCUGUCCAGGCCAUGGAGGAGACAGGGGGAGCUGUCUUCCUCAUGAAUGCCAAGCAGCUCAUUAAAACGAUCGUGGAGGCCUCCAAGGGCGGCAGGCUGGAGAAGAUUGAGCAGGGCUAUGAGAACAUGGAUGCCUUCUCGGUGAGCCUGGAGCACCUCGCCGAGGCAGUCCGCACCUUGGACUUCGACUCUGCCGAGGAAGAUGAGGAGUACUUUGAUGGGGAGGAAGAAGAGGUGGAGGAGGGUGCAGCACCUGAAAGAACAGUGAUGGGUAAGAGGUGGCAUGGCUGACCCCACCUUCCCAGGACCCUCAAGAACCUAUGGGGGAGCUUUGGGGGAAUGAGACCCCCCCUUGAUCCCUCCAUCCUCUCCCCUGGUAGCUCCCCAGUAGCCGCAGUGGCAUUGCCAGCACGGGAGGAACGUCACGGGUGCAGGAUGUCCGUCGACGGGACUCAGAACAGGGGGGAAGCACCAUGGGGUCUGGUGGCCUCACAAGCCAGCACCUGCUUCAGCACAGAACACUUUUCUAUAUGGGUGCAAACAGGACAAUUCCGCACAUUUUGUAUCUUCAUUGUUUUGUAUAUAAUUGUCAUAGAUUUAAAUUUUGUGUACUUUGUAAAGAAAACUGGUGUUUUGGGCAUGUUUGUUUGCUUCGCCUCUUUUUCUUGGCUUGACAAGCCCCAUGAUGGGCACUGGGGAUGCAGGCGGGUUUGCCAGGCUGGUACCAUUGCUGGUGUCCCUGCCAGCAUCCGGCACAGCAGAGGGAUGCUUCCUGGUCCAGCGCUUCAUUUUCAGGCUCAUUAGCACCUCUGGCAGCGCUGGCUGCCUGCCCAGAGGUGGCACAGGCCAGCACCUGGCAGGAUUUAUCUCCUGCUGAUGGGAUGCCCAGGGCCAGUGCUUGCCCAGGCUUGGGGAUGUGGCAGAGGACUGAGGAUGCUCUGGGCUGUGCCAGUCCCCCCCCCCCCAGAACGGGGAUGGCCUUGGCAUUGAUCUGCCAGUUUCCCGCUCGGCAU